CCCCCAUUGAGUUCUUUUGCGUCUUAUUAUAGAGGAAUCUCUUUUGCCCGAACUGUACAGUGGUAUUUGGACAAGUCGGACAUAUUUAUUUUGUCCCCAUCUCCCGCUUGGUGGUCACAUCAGACGAGACCGAUACUCCUCGUCGUUCCAUCUCAAUCAAUCCCGAUUGUCUGAUUGUCCGCAAGGGCUUUGAAGAACCCCCGCUUUCAUCUGUACACUUUACCAAUCUCGACAUCCUCUAUUUGGCUCUGAUCAAACCAUUUGUGAAUACCCGGUCUUGUAAUUCCGAAAAAUAGAGAUAACAUGGGCUUCUUCGCUGGCUUCUUCAGCGGCUUCGCCCUCACCACCUCCGUCCUGUACAUUUCCCUCCAAGUACACAAAGCCAAUCGCCUGGAACAGCGCAAUGCCAUUCGCGAACAAACCCGCGCUCUGAACUGGUUGGCCUCAUCAGCAGGCGCAUACGAUCGUCGCUUAUUGCCUCAAGAGACUCAGAAGCGUCCGGGUGAGGAAGAAGACCGGAAGACGAAACCCGUCUUGAAGGACUUCUUGAAACAUCGCUGGAAUCAAGAGGUGGAGACGUUGGCGCGGAAGGCGUAUGAGAGUCGGUGGGAGGAUGCGCGGGAUACGGCUGUGGAGGGGUGGAAGACGGUGGUGAGGUUGGUGAAGAAGGAGUAGAUUAAUUCGUAUUCUAGUGCUGCCUUUUGUUUAUGAUUUGCAUUGGGUGUAGGUGUGGGUUUGAUGGAGAUGAAGUUUCAGAUACCCUUUGAUUUUUUUUGUUCUAUAUUUAUACGUUGUUUGGAUUUGAUUUGUUGACUAGCGGUAUAAUGCUACAUUUUUUGUUUUCUUGG